AUGCCUCGACCGCUCCAGCCCGCAUGCGAUGCGUGUCGUCGGCGCAAGGUCAAAUGCAGCACCCAGCGGCCCUGUAGUCCAUGUCGAUCGGUCGGGCUGGCCUGUCGCUCGUCCGGGAUCCAGCGGAAGAAAGGUCGCCAAGGCGCGUCAGCCAACGUGUUGACCGAGUUACAGAGAGUCGAAGAGGGCUCGCCUUCCUUCUCUCCCCAGAGCCCACGUCCGGCCAGUGCAGGAGAAUGGACAAAGACUCCCGGGUUGGUGGAUCCAAGCUUCGUCCGACAUUGCGCCGACUAUUUCUUCGCGCGCAUGCUGGGCACCGUGCCCAUCUUGCAUCCCGACGCGUUCCAGCAACAGGUGAAUCGAAUGGACAAAUCUGGGUCUUCAUACUGCCUGGUAGUAGCCUUUUGUGCAUUCGUCUUGAUCCAGACGGGCUAUCGCUCCACCCAGACCUGUUCUUCAGAUCUGGCCUCCACCCUACUGGACGAAGCAACGGUCGCUCGUCGCCAUUUAGAUCUCUUUGCCAUCCCAAUCCGACAGGCUAUCGCCGUUUCCUUCCUGCUGUAUGGAUGCCACAUUGGGCUGGGACACCAGCGACAUGCCUAUUAUUUCCUCCGUGAAGCGACAACACUCUACACAGCCGACGUGAUGGAUUCACCAGACGUCGGCAGCGAUGACCUGUCGUCAUUCUCGAACCAGCUCUUCUGGCUUCUCCUAAUAUCCGAACGAGCCCACGCCCUCCGACGCCGUCGACCCAUCACGCUGCAAAUCACCGCCAGCAGCCCAAUCCUCCCUCCCUCCUUCGACCCCUUCACCCGCGGCUUCUCCUGCCUCGUCGACCUCUACCGACCAUUCGACCCAUCCUUCCUCAGCAGCUGGAACGGCGUCGGGCCCGUCCUAUCGCGAGACGCACUCGUCAGCAUCGAAGAGCACCUCCAGCGCGCCGUGCCCGCCGACUCCGACCUCCCUGACAUCGUACUGGCCGAUCUGCGCGUAUCCCAACAAUGGCUGCGCACGGUCGUGUGGCAAAUGGCGACGACGGCAGGAUACCUGUCCAGCUCACCGACGCACCCAAGCCUCGACUUUCGGUAUCCGUUGCAGAUCGCGCGGGAUCUGGCGCUGGCGACGUGGAAGCUGUCGCGAGAGAGUAUGGAGACGCAUGGGAUUGGGUUGAUCGAGAAAGUCUUCGAGGUCGCGUGCACCCUUGUAGAUGUCAUGGCGUGUCUUUCGUCCGCGGGCCUGCGCUCCUCGGGCUUUGAAAUAGGGCCCCAGGAUUAUUUGAAACAUUUGGGUUCGUUGGUAGAGCGAUUACCUGGUGGACGGGCGAGGUUUCUCCCUUUGCUGAUGGAUAAGUUGGAUCAAACGCUGCCGGCGCUGGUGCAGCAGGUUGCUGUACAUCUUGGUCUUCCGGGUGCAGGGGAGGAAUUAACGGAGUUGAAGGGGGAUGACAGUGCUGACAAGGUAGAUGGUAUUGAAUAUACAGAAAUAACGUAA